AUUUUCUUAUAGUUGCUCAUUAAUAGUUAAUUAUUAGAGAAGUUAAAAGUAGUGACACAGUUCUCAGACAUGUCUUCUGUGACGCAGAGAUCAGGGAGUAAGACCCGCGGAUAUCAUCGCAAAAGGGUUCCUGAAGUGACCUUAAAUAUGGAAGAUUUGAGAUACUUCUGGGAUACUGAUUCCAAUUUGGAAUCACCAAUAAACGUCUUGGUGAAGUUAGUGCGCCCUUUGACUGUCCCCAAGCUCCUCUGGUACAACGUCAAAGUCAAACCAUACAAAACGAAAAUAACCAACAACGGCUACUCAGUUUUCGUUACCUCGAAGUGGGGGAGGACCAUGCCUUUCAUAAGUGAUGGACCCUUGGCAGAAAAAAAGUUCUUAUUUUAUAAUAUGCAUUUUCAUUGGUCUGAUACUAACGCUAAAGGAAGCGAACAUAAAAUAAAUCAUGAAAUCUUCCCUUUCGAAAUGCACGUUCUUUGGAGAAACGAGGCAUACAAGACUGCCAGGAAAGCGAAAAGAGAAUACGAUGGCAUUGUAAUCAUGGCUUAUUUAUUCGAAGUUAAUACAUUUUUUUUUUAAAUAUGAAGCACUUCUUCCAAAUUUGCUUAAAGAAAACUGGUAUUUGAAAAUAAUUUUUCCUACGUAGGUAUCUCCCAACGAAAACCAGCUAUUAGAACCAAUUGUUGAUUGCCUAGAGGAAGUAAAGAAAGGAGUUUCCAGCACCUACAUGAAGGAUUCUGCGUCGGUUUCAGAACUGAUCCGGCUAUUCGAGGAUGACUACUUCCUCUAUAGAGGUUGCGUCAAAGAUUCGAAGAUGACUCACCAAGUGACAUGGAUGGUGUCCAAGCAGAUCCAACAGAUCGGAACAAAGCAGGUCGCUGGCUGAUAGCCAAAUUCAGACACCUGCUGAAGACAAACGGAUUUCCGAUAGCUCGCAAUUCGAGAGGGACCACUGAAAUGUCCAAUGAACGUAUGGUGUACCACGUUCGCCCACGUUCGUUGUCCUUAGCUAUGGGCAUGCAUUACAACAGGUUGUCUAGGACGGCUUUCUUCUAUUCAUAUUUUCAAAGAACUCCUUUUAUGAUUGAGGACAGAGAACCACCAUUCAAAGAAGGUUUUUCAAAAGGAAAAAAAAUCCAAAACAAUAUCAGAAGACCUUAUGGCACUUCUACAAGAAGAUCCGUUUAGAAAUGGAGAUUUAUGAGUGGUUGAAGCCUAAUGCGGUGCCUGGAAUGGUUUUUAAUGAGCUGUCUUUUAUAGUAAUAACUUUAAAACAAAGUAAUAAAAUGUACAAUAAAA